UCCGGUCGCCGGUAGAGGUGGACCGUAGCCGUUAGCAGUGUUAGCAGUGUUAGCUUCUGUUAGCAGUGUUAGCUCGUGUUUAGCCUUAUUGUUGAAGAUGGGGGAGGCAGACGUGACGCUGAAUCAGACCGAUGAGAAGCCUCCAGACUCCGGCCUAGUGCCCGGGGAGGACUCGGUGGUCUGGAGCCAUGAGGUGGAGGUCUGUCUGUUUCACGCGAUGAUCGGUCACAAACCUGUCGGUGUGAACCGUCACUUCCACAUGAUCUGUAUCAGAGACAAGUUCAGUCAGAACAUCGGACGACAGGUUUCCUCCUCCGUCAUCUGGGAUCACCUGGGAACCAUGUACGACAUGCAGGCUCUGCACGAGUCGGAGAUCUUACCGUUUCCAAACACAGAGAAGAGCUUCUGUCUGCCUGAUGACAUCAUCCAGGAGGUGAAAGAAGGGAAGCUGGGCUCAGAGGAGGAGACCAAAGAGGAGUUCAGGAUGGAGCGAGAGCCUCCAGCUACACAUGAAGAAGGCAGUAACUCAUCGGUGAAGAUGUCAGAGCGAACCAGCAGUAGUCGGGACAAGGAGCGAGAGCGAGACAAGGAGAAGGGAGGAAGUGAAGGAGGAGCGUCAGGAGGAGGGGGAGGAGCCAAAGAGGCGGAGAAGAGGAAGAGGAGCCGGGCGGCCGAGAAACUGCUGUCGUCUUCCAACCCGGCGAGUCCGGGAGGAGCCAAGAGGAGACGCACCUGAGAGGAGGACAGACAGAGGGACAGAGACAGUGUGUGUGGAGGAGAGAGGAGAAGAAUCUGCCGUCACAGGACUCAAACCUGCGAGCUGUGUGUCACAUGACUGUCUGCUGUCUGACCUCCAAGGCGCAUUGGAUGAAGGAGGAGGAGCCUGAUGUGUGUUCACUGCAGAGUGAUGAUGACGAUGAUGAUGACCACAGCCUGGCAGAAUCUGUCUCGUUAUUUUCAGUUUAGUUCUGAUGUCGUUUUCUCUGAAGCUUUUAGUCUCAGUUUGAUGUCUGUGUCCAGUUUGUCCCGUGUCCUCUCUCAGACUCAUCGUCACGCCCCUGUAACACUGUCCCACACAUGAUGGACCGUUUAAAGCCCUUCACUUCCUGUCUUCCUCAGUCUGACAGCGACCAUCACAGGAAGGACACGCUGCGUUUAGUUUUGGCUGCCGAGCAGAAAAACUGCAAACACUGAUACUCUUUGGUUAGUGAGGAUAGCUGCCGAUAGCUACCAGGGAAAAUGACAGUGCAUCCACUUCCUGUUUUGGUCGUGCAGUUGUUGACGCACUUCCUUUGUGCCAUAAAUGGAAAACCUUUUCACACAGAGAUGGCGCUAAAGAGCCACCACAAAGUCACGUCUUUAUUUUACACAGAACCAAACGACGGCGGCGUCAUGUGGCUCCAGUGUGUGAUGUCAGACAGCAUGAUGACAUCACAGAGUCAAAAGAAGCGUGACAUGUAACACAACAGCGUCGGCCUCUAGUGUGACAUAUAACAAACAUGUCCACAGCUCUUUAUGAACAAUAACAAUGACAUCACAUGUCAAUAACAAUCAUUUAGCGUCCCUGUUAUAUGGCGGCUGAUCUCGUCCUCUGCUUGGAGGGUAAGGAGCUCCUGUUAGCUGCUAACUGCUAACAGCUGCCCUUAAAUCUCCUGUGGUGGGUCGCACACAUCAUCAGUCCGUCACACCCGUCCUGUCAGCUGUCCCUUUGACACAGGUGUUGAUUUGGUGCGGUCACUACCUUGGCUGCCGGCCUAAAGGUGACGCAACUCCGUCCUCCACUCCACGGUCGCAUCUUUUGUACAGAGCGGUGAGGCAGAAUAACGGUGCCACAUUUACGCCCUGAACAGGAAGUGUAAAUGGAGCUAGUUCCUUUAUUUUCCCUGGCAGCAGACACCAUGAGAGUGAUGUUGACAGGAAGCCAAUGUAAACACAGAUGGUGUCAUUCUUCUGUAGCCACGGUUACUCUGAAUCAGUGUUUAAAUUAAAGCAACAAACUCAGUUCAAACCGAAGCAGCGGAACCAGACGGCGCCUUUUUUUCCACACAGUUUCUGUUUUUCUGAAAACAUGCUGCCUACAUUUCCCACAAUGCAGUUGUCCGAGGUUUUGGCCGUGUUGUGCCAGUAGCAGCUGAUGUAGCUGGAGCCUGCAGCAGAGACGAGCGGCGGCCUGCAGAGGUCUCACUUCCUGAUAACUCCACGCCGCCAUGUUUUAUUCUUUUAUAGUCUUCAGCAGAUGCUGACUCGAGUGACAUCACAGGAGGACGUUCCUCAGACUUGACACAGUCGGUCAGAGACUCUGACGGCUUCAUACUGCUGCUGAAACAUGCACCAGACUCUGUCCCUUAAGACUGGCCCUCAGCUCUCAGGUGUCUCUGUGUGUCAGGUGUGUCUGUGUGUGUCAGGUGUGUCAGGUAUGUCAGGUGUGUCUGUGAGCAGCCUGCAGGAAACAGCAGGUGUAAACGUUUCCUGUCGCCAUGUCACAGAAAGGUUUUUAUUUACAGCCCUGAUCAAUACUCUUUGGAUAAAGAUUCAACAUGAUCGAUCAUCAAGUCUCUGUCAGGAACCACACGCAACCAGUGCGUCAAUAAUAAUUCUGUUUUUAUCAUCAUUAUCUUAAACAUCAGGAAGUCAGCUGUUAUUGAGACUAGAGAGAGGACUCGGGUUUUAUUGAGACUAGAGGGAGGACUCGGUUCAUGUCUCGAUGUGACUUGUUGCGGUCAGCAGCUCAGUGAAGAUCAUGUGACGAUGGUUCAGGAGGUUUUUAUCAGCUGACUGUUAAAUAUGAGGCAAUAAAUCUCAGCUGUCAUGGUUUUUUUUUUUUAAUGGAUAUUACUGAGUGUUUUUUAUUUUCCUGUGUGUGUGUGUGUGUGUGUGUGCGUGUGUGUGUGUGUCAGAGCUGACCACAGAGUCAGCUGACAGCUCAUCUUCAGACCUUCAGAAUAAAACGUUGGCGGACAUGUUUAAUUUAUUGAUGUGUGCUGAGCUGAUGUUUGAGGCUGUUUGUGUCAUUAAAGAUGAACUCAGAUCAGG